AAGAAGACUUCAACAAAUAAACUCCAGGUUCCAAUAAAAAACUAAGUUAAGAGCAAGAGCAAAAACACAAAAUGGAGAGUGAAAAUUCAGUGCCAGUAAUUGAUUUAGAGGAUUUUCCAAGGCAAUCAUCUAAGUUAAUUUGGGCAUGUGAGGAAUGGGGUUGUUUCAGAAUUUUGAACCAUGAUAAAAUCCUUCCAGUUUCACUCAUGGCAGAGAUGAAGGAAGUGGUGAGGGCAUUGUUUGAUCUUCCAACUGAAAUCAAGAAACGCAACAAAGAUGUAAUUGCAGGAUCUGGGUAUAUGGCUCCUAGUGAAAGAAACCCUCUUUAUGAAGCUUUGGGUCUCUAUGAUAUGUCUUGCCCUGAAGAUGUAGAUGAGUUUUGUACUCAGUUGGAUGCAUCUCCACACCAAAGAGAGACAAUCAAGAAGUAUGCUGCAGCAAUUAAUGGACUAAUGAUGGACAUUCUGCGAAAGAUGAGUGAAGGAUUGGGACUGCGAAAUGUUUCGUUUGAGGAUUGGCCUUGUCAGUUUAGGAUUAACAAGUACCACUUCACCCCAGAAGCUGUAGGUUCCUAUGGGGUUCAGAUACACACCGACUCAGGAUUCCUUACUAUUCUACAGGAUGAUGAAUGCGUUGGUGGUCUCGAGGUCAUGAAGAAGUCUGGUGAAUUUGUAGCAGUUGAUCCUUGGCCAAACACCCUCCUUGUGAAUCUUGGAGACAUAGGCACGGUAUGGAGCAAUGGAAGAUUAUACUCCGUCAAGCAUAGAGUGAUAUGCAAGGAAGCAAAACUACGAGUGUCUAUUGCUUCAUUCCUCUUGGGACCAAGGGAUACGGCCGUGGAACCACCACCUGAGCUGGUAAAUGCUGAACACCCCCGCAUCUAUGUUCCUUUCACUUUCAAUGAUUAUAGGAAGCUCCGUUUAUCGACAAAGUUGCAGGCAGGGGAAGCUCUUGAUCUUAUGCGAACUAACCUGUAAAACUUUGGAAAGCAUCUCAGGUCCUCCAUUAUAUUGAUUUACAGAAAUGAUCUUGAAAGUAAGAAAGAUAAUAUAUCUUAGGGGGAUUUCAUCAUUUAUAUAUCGUCAUAUGUGUGGUGGAGCAAUAAAAUCAUAUGUGCAUACAUCAAUUUUUUAGAUGGAAAUUAUUUGGUUCUUGAUCCCGAACCAAUUGUGAUAGGAGAACCUUGUUGGCUUGAUGCAUAUACGUUAAAUUAACUCAUCUCAUACGAAAUUUUAUUUGAGAGAUUUGUUCUCAUAA